AUGAGCUCCUCUCUGCCUGAGAGUGGGUUCAUCAAAGAAAGCUCAAGUAUUGGCUGUCUCCAGUACACCCCCCCUCCUCUUGCCGUCCAAUCAGAGGCGGCAGCAGCCAGGCAGAGCUGCCAGUGUGAUGCUGCACUCAGAAACAGAGCAGAGCCUUCUGCGUUUAUCCUGUCUCAGAGAGCUACCUCGAUGGAUUUCGAGGCAGAUGGAAAAGAACUGAACGAAGGUUGCAGCACAGCCGUCACCAUGGAAACCACUGAACAAUCGGAGCCGGCGAUGGACUGUGAAGUGGAGGUCGCAGUGGCUGAUUCACCUGAGCACAGGGAAGAUUGCACUGCAGAUGAUGAACCUGUUUGCUUAGAGACAGACUCAUCAGAUUUCCCGGGGGAAACGGCGACGCUUGACAAAUUAUUAACUGACCUGCCAACCGGCACAAUUGAUAUUGACAACACUGACUGCCCUGAAACGCCUUGUGAGGCUCCAAAUGAAGCUUUGAUACUGGAAUCAGGGCAUGAAGAGCUCAACAGGAAUGAGUCAAUCAACUCCUCUGUGUCCGACACACUCUCCAGUGCUGACAGUGUGUAUGAGAACGAGGUACAUUGUAAGAAGCAGGACAUGCCAGAACAAGAUCCUGAGCAAGAACAAGUCCCUGAGCCAGAGCAGUAUCCCGAGCCAGAACAAGACGUUGAACCAGAACAAGACGUUGAACCAGAGCAAGAUGUUGAACAAGCGCAAUUCCCUGAGCCAGAGCAAUACCCUGAGCCAGAGCAAUACCCCGAGCCAGAGCAAUACCCCGAGCCAGAGCAAUACCCCGAACCAGAGCAAUACCCCGAACCAGAAGAAGACACUGUACCAGAUUAUUACCCUGAUGAAGACCUAGACCUGGGGCAGUACCCUGAGGCUGAUCAAGACCCUGAACUAGACGAGUACCCUGAGCCGGAGCCAUACCCUGACCUAGAGUUAUACCCUGAACCGGAGCCUGAGGAUGAGGAUAAUAAGCUUUAUCUCGAAGAUGAUGGUUAUCCAAAUGUGGCAGUCGAUGCAGAGGAAGACCCAGAGGCCUGUGAAAUCCUGUUUGAACCGCCCAUUACCGAGGAGUCGAUACUAGAACAAUGUAUUAGAGAAGAUGCAAUGUCAGAUGUUUCCAAUGAGUUCUGCCAUGACCAAGACCCUGAUGAUAUGGACGAAUGCCUGGGAGUUGAGAUUGAAGCCGCUUCGUCAGACAGUGACACAGACGACAAAUGGAGAUCAAUAUUUUCUUCGUCCAUAAAUAAAGAAGAUGACGACUCAUAUUUGGACAAUCUUGAGCUGAGUGCUCAGGAGCUCUUUGUGCAGAAGGUUGAGGUGACAGACUUUCAGGAGGAAGACACCAACAACAUCGAAGAAGUCCAUAUUGAGGUUCCACAAGUGGAAGAAGUUCUGGAACAACCUGAGGAUGCCAUUUCCUUUCCUAUCCCUCCACAAGAGGUUAAAUAUAACCCUUUAGGCCUUCAAGGUUUGUCCAAAAUCUCUGAAGAUGAGGGUGAAAAUGGAAAAGAUGCCAAUCAUAACCACGCCGCCAAUGAAACGCACAUCGACGCAGACUCGAACAAGAAGCAACCGAAAGACUUCUGUGUGAUACAGGAGACCAAGAGUAAGAAUGUCAGCACAGAGCAUGUGGACUUCCAGCUGGCUCGAAAACAGUGGCGGGAAAUGGAGGAGCAAACUAAGAACAAGAUCAUCAUCCCUACUACCAAGCCCCCCAGCUUUCACGGCAGCCACAGCUUCAUGUACACACCGGUCCGCAACAUUGAACGAACUCAGAAGAAAGCUUACGAACUGGAGAACUUGAAUCUGCUUGGCGAUUAUCCUCACACGCAAUUCAGCCCUUGCUCAGAGGAUUCUGGCCUGGAUGAUUCCAGCUACAGGUCCCCGUAUGAUGACCUGGAGACAUCUGUCGAAAGGGAGAUUCGCAUAUCAAUGGAGCGGGAGGAAAACUUCAGGAGAGAAAAGGGCCUCUCCAGGAUGGGCAAAUCCACUGAUUGUGCUCCAUCACGAAGUAUGCCGAGAUCUAUAAGCACUCCACUGACGCCGUCGUUCAUCAUUACCUCCUCACCCAGUAAGGAACCACAAAGACAUGAAGUAUCGGCAAACAACGUUAUCAUUCUCGACCCAAGAAAUGAUUUCACAUCCAACCUGAGACACGGCAAAGACAACGGGGCGGCUCGGUCCGGAGAGUGGUGCUCCGAGGACAGCAGCUCCAACGUCAUCAUCCUGGAGACAUCCAACCUGAUUAUCCGAAGUGCCUCCGAUUUCUCACUCAACAAAGCCUGUGAGCAACCCCAGGAGAAGAUGUUCCUUAACAACCCCUUUUUCAAGCUGCGUUCAAGAAGCACAAUGUCGCUGGUGGAUGAAGAGAUUAAGAUGAUGAAGCAGAGGGAGGAAGAGCUCAGGAAAGAGAGGGUGAAUAUGUACGGGAAAGACAGGUUCGAUAACGAAAGGAUAUUGUCAAAUCACAUGGACACGUUGUCGUUUGACAAUCCAGUGAAGUGCAAGUCGUCCCCAUCAUCACCAAUGAAAACGGCCUACAGGAUGGAUCGCUCUGCUCUGUCCUGUGAUCACAGAUUUCCAGACCUCUACGCAGGAGGAAGACGCAAGAGUGCUAUGGCUCUGCGCUGGGAGGCGGGCGAGUUUACAAAAAACGAAUGAAAAGGACCAAGUCAACAGAUUGCCAUAUAUGGGCAUCAAUUGUCAAUGUUUUACUCAUACAAGUUGAAUGCAGUGUUGCAAUUGUUUGUUUCAUUUGGUGACAAAACCGAAACGCUCUGCUUCUGUGAUGCUUUGGGCAAAAUUGGCAAGACAAUGAGAAUUUUUUUUGGUUGACAAAAUUCAUAUAAAUGUUCUACAGUUUUAUUCUGAUAACACUAACUUCCGGGCAGAGGGUGUGCGUUUGUUUCCUGAUCAAAGCUGCUGCAGGAGAUGACAGUUUAUACUACUUGUUGGAUUAAUAAAAUCAUCUUUAUUACAAUUUCGACAGGAACAGUGCCAACACACAGCUUCCACUUAAAACAAGGUAUGAGGAUUUGGAACUGUGGAAAAUGGUGAUUAUCAUGCAAUAAUGUUUAAUAUCGGCAUGCCUCCUGGCGAACGAUCACCUGCAUAUUAUACCGUUUAAAAAGACAUAAACUUCAAAAAGCUGCCAGUAGAAGAAAAAAAUACUUUGAAUAUUGACCUUGUUUUUCUGGGAUAGUAGUAAACCAAUCUUAAUAUAGUACUCACAUGCCAUAUGUACAUAAAACGUUAUUGGUAGCUGUCAGAUACA